GGGGGUAGAUGAACAGCUUUUUGAGCCAAGAUUUGUGGCAAUAGCAGCUACUGCUGCCGCUUGCCAUGUCGUGGCUGGGCCGACGUGCCCCCCGCCGCUCUGUGGGUGGCAAUGAAAAUCCAUUGCGGGAAGCCAUGCGGUCGCGGGGUGGCAUCUCCAUCAAGCCCCCAGCCCCAACAGAUGUUGAGGAUAAUGAGGCAGAUCCUGAAAAGAGCUCCUUGGACUGGUUGAACCUGAAUGCCUUCGGGUCCAAAGCCAUCCAGGGUGCCAUUGACCGCGUACGCGCCAGCACCCUUGGAGGUGCCGCAGAACCAGAGGCCAAGCAAGAUGGCCUCCUGAUGUCUCCCCGCAAGAGUGCUCCUGAGGGCCGUUCGGAGAGCUAUCCCUCAGGGAGAAAAUCGCUUGGGAAUGCAUUGAGAACCAGAGGUGGCAUAUCACGUGCUGCUCCCGGGAGUGAUCGGAGACCAGAGCUUGAUGAGCUUGAAGAACCUCAGGUCACUCAUGUUGAAACUGCCCCAGCGGCACCUGUGUUGGACCGGAGUACCACGGACCCUUUGCCAGCUGUGCAAGAAGAGGACCGAGAGGAACACUACUCCCCGCUGAUGACGCCAAAGGCUUCUGAGCAAAGCCAACCUUUGGUUGAGGUAGAUGAGGAGCGGGAGGAGGAGAACGUGGAGAUGGAGAAAGAGGAGGCUAAGAAGGAGGAGUCUGAUAAGGAUGCUGAAAAGGAGGAUGAAGAUACAGGAGAAGAUGCUGAGGAGAGCACAGGUGAAGGACUCGAGCAAGUUGAAGCUUCGCCAUGUGUCGAUGAGACAGACGAGCCUGAGCACAGGUCAGCUGAACCAAGCAAUGUGAGCGAAGACGCUUUGAAGAUUAUAGCUGAGGAGGAGGAGUCCGAGAAGAAGGCCAUAGAGGCUGUACAGCGGAAAGGAUCUGAUGAUUCACAAGAUUCUACUAGGCACGUAAAGCCACAAAAGGAUUCGGAAAAGACGACACGAUUGCCGAUGCCUACGCCUUUGAUGGCUGCCACCGCAUCUGCCAAGAGGGCAGAACCACCACCUAUGGUGGUGAAAACAGAGAAGAUUUCACAGGAGCCUCCAGCUCCCCCACUGCAUCAAUUGCCAGCACCGGAUGCGUACUUGAGCGUUCACACACCAGAGGUUGGACGGCUGAAGGAGCUCCGGGAGUUCUGGGGUAACAAGACAUCAAAAGGCUUCGCUGGUCCUGGCUUAGCAGGAUCAAGGCUAUCGAAGAAUGAAGCACAAGCAACCCUGCAGAGGCUUCUCAUUGCAGGUGGUGACUUUGACGAGGUCCGGCGUCUUCGAAAAAUCAUUGCGGAGUUGGAAGCAACCUGAGGUGUGCUGACAGCAGCCAUGACAACGUGCUUUUUUCACCACUGCAGAGACCUCAUGUGAUCCC